AUGGAGGCAGUUUUUUUCACGCAGAAUUUUGCAAUCGAUGUGCAACCAAUCCUGAAACUUGAAUUCCCGUUUAGAAGAACAAAAAAAAGAAGUUAGUUAAAGGAAACCGGCAAAAUUCGCGGGAAACCCUCGAUAUCCGGUGAUUAAAAGGGGGCUUGUGAGUGUAUGACCACCGGCUACUGAGGGUAAAGCGUAACGAACACGCCUCGACUCAAGCCUUGAAGGCUGCCCUACUACGUACGGCAAUGGCCUCGAAAUUAAAUUAACAAAGUCCGUGUACACUACGUAGUUCUUUUCCAAUUCAUAUAUUUUUAAAAAAUCUUUCAAUUUUUUGGAAAUAUGUGAAGAACUGAUAAAUGUCACGUAUUUUUUCCCAUUUUUUAAAGUAGACAAGUAGGAGAAGUAAAAUGCUAGUAAUAGAAUAAUGCAAUGUAUGAGAUUACUUAGAAGAGUUAGCAUAUACGGGAAGCUUUGUAUGACGUUUAGUUGAUCAUUAUAGUAAAUUCAUUUUUUCUGAACUUACAUAUGCUAAGAAUAAUUAAUUUGGUAAUCUAUCUGAAUUAUUCGAAGGGCCAUUGAGAACGAACACAUUAUAAGACAAAUGACAAACUUUAGCUCAAUAAUAUCAAAUGCAAAUAUUAUUUUAGGAAAUUGAAAUGAGCCGAAUUAGAAAAACGCUGUAGUGCAAAAAGAUCAUCAUCAUAUUUUAUAUUACUAAAACAAAAAUUCGAUUUUAGCGAAGAAAACAUGUCCAAGGAAAGUUGGUACGUAGGCCGUAGUAGGGGAGUAUAUUAUAUAGUCUCUAAUACUGUGAUUGAAAUGCUUUUUAGGUGAAUAUUGCUUUUUAGGUGAAUAUUAGUUCACUAAACAUAGCAACUAUUUGAAUUAAUCUCAUUUUUUGUUAAAACACUAUUUUGAAAUAAUAUUGUGUGGUGGGAAUCGAAUAAUAUAUACGUGGGUCUGAAUCGAGAGGCAGUUAACGCAAAGAAAGAGAUUGAUCAACAAACGAGAUUCGUUUGGUAAUGAUGAUAAGCCUAAGGUUAUGACCACAAAUUAAGUCAAUAUUCCAUCUCCAAGGGGAAAACGUCUAUAUUCAUUCUCUAAUCAAAAUAUGAUAAAAAUAUAUAUUUUACGAGCCAUUAAUAUAGUAAUAUUUCUAUUAUUUUCACAAUUUUUAUAUACGUUAUAAUCCAUAUUUCAAAUCCCUGGUGUCACCCAAAAUGAAUGGGUGCAUCAUCAUGCAUGUAAUGGUCAAGUUAUUACUUCUGUUCUUCAUUUUCUAACUGAUUAGACUAAUCGCAAUAAUAUACUUGUUCAUAACUAAUUAUAUGUGGCUGAAACCACAUAAAACGUUAUUGGAGAUUAAUCUCUAAACAAGUCGUGAGAGUCUAGGAAGCAAAGAAAUAAAGGAUCCAUGGUAUAUUUACAGAUCAAAAUGAAAACAAGAAUACAAAUAACUUGGUUACUACUUCUUCAGAUUUUUUUAAAGACUACAAACAACAGAUCCUUCCUUUCUUGAAGGAAACAAACAGGUGGAGCUACUUCAAUCCUCAUGUUGAUUCCUUCUCUCUCUCUCUCUCUCUCUAUUGAAUCACAA